AUGGGAGACCUUUUUUCCCUAUUUUGGGAGGUGGAUUCUCCCCCCAUACCUUUAAGCUUUACCAUUCCAAAUCAAGAUUAUGAAUGCCGGAAGGAUGACUCUUGUGGGACAAUAGGGAGCUUCCUACUUUGGUAUUUUGUCAUUAUAUUGGUCCUGAUGUUCUUCUCUCGGGCUUCUGUCUGGAUGUCUGAGAAGAAAAAGGAUGAAGAUAGUGGGACAAGCACUUCAAUAAGUAAAGCAAGCAAAGAUACUUCCUAUAAGCGGCAAAGCAAAGAUGGUACCUGGGACUCUUUACAGACGAUGAAAAAACCAAAGCAGAGCCAAUUUACCCCUGUAACUGAGUCAGAACUGGCUUUGGUCAACGCCUGUCUUGAACAAAGACGAGCCAGGCUCCAUUCUCAAUUCAGCCAGAUGAAUCAGACCCAGCGUGACAGUGAUACUACGGAGUCUGACAGUGAAGAAUCUAACUCAGGAGCCUCCUCAUGGAAGGAGAGUGAAAGUGAACACCAUCCAUCACCAGCCAGUAUUAAGAAGAGAAAAAUAGCUCAGAGGCAAAAGAAUGUGGGAAGUUACCAGAUCAGGGAAAGGCCCUGCCUCCACUGCAAAGCCCUGAGAACCAAUGAGUGGUUGACACGCCAUUUCCUUCAAAACACCUCAGUAGCAACCCCAAUGAAGGGAGAUAUUCAAGAGGAAAAUUCUUCACCUGACAUUAACACAAAAUUCAGUAAAUUUUGA